ACACUGAAUCUCAGGGAUCUUACUAAAUCACAUAGAUUUUCACUUCCACUUUAAUUUGACACUGGUGAGGGCACUUCAUAACUGAGAUCUGCACGAGGCUGCACCAAGGAAGAACAGGAGACAAGGAAAACGCUUUGCCUGGUCACGUGACUGGUGACCACGAGAACUACGCAUGCACGCACUCGGUGGGCAGGCUCAGCCUCUGCUAUCAGUUCCUGUCAGGAAAGAGGCAACAUGUCGAUGGAGGACCCGUUCUUCGUAGUGAAAGGGGAGGUGCAGAAGGCCCUGUCCCGGGCGCGGGGCCUGUUUGAGCGCUGGGAGGAGCUGCUUCAGGAAGGCACCCCCGUCAGCAGAGAUGAGCUGGACUGGAGCACCAACGAGCUGCGCAACUGCCUGCGCGCCAUCGACUGGGACCUGGAGGACCUGCACGAGACCAUCAGCAUCGUCGAGACCAACCCCGGAAAGUUCCGUCUGGGAGAGAAUGAGCUGCAGGAGAGGAGGGCAUUUGUGGAGAGAACCCGGCAGUCAGUUCAGGAGAUGAAGGAGCAGCUCUCCAGCCCCUCAGCUGUGGCCCAAGCAGAAAAAAAGAACAGAGAGGCUCUGAUGGCAGCCCCGUCUCAGGACCGCUUUGCUGGCCUGGAGCCACAUUUGGUGUCGGCCAACUCCCGCUACAUCCAGGAGCAGCAGGAGCAGCAGCAGUUGAUCAUGCAGGAUCAGGACGCUGAGCUGGAGCUGGUGACGGGGAGCAUCCGCGUGCUGAAGGACAUGUCCGGACGCAUCGGGGACGAGUUGGACGAUCAGACUGUAAUGUUAGGUGAGUUCAGUGAGGAGAUGGACCAGACAGGCUCAAGGAUGGACUCGGUACUGAAGAAAAUGGAGAAAGUGUCUCACAUGACCAGUAGUCGGCGGCAGUGGUGUGCCAUCGGUGUCCUCAUCACCAUCAUCCUGGUGGUGCUCAUCCUCUUGUUCGCCCUAUGAGCGCUGGCUGGGCUCCGUCCCGUCGGUCGCGGCCACAUCAGCCUUUUCCUGCCCACAUCCCGAGGACAACAGGAGCAUCAGGAGGAUGAAGAUGAGGAUGAAGAGUGAGGGAGGGAAGGGAGGAGGAGCACUCUCUCUCUCGCCCUUUUUUUACCCCCUCUGUCUGAACCUCCAGCACAGAAAGGGAGAGAGAGAGAGGUGUGUGCAGAGCACAAGCUUUAUUUUUCUUUCUUCCUGCCUCCCUCCCUCCUUCGCCCUCCUCCUCUCUCUCUCUCUCUCUGUCUUUCUGUGUGUUUUUGAUGUUUCGGGAGUAACUGCUGAAUGCCGCCUGUGAAGGAUUCCCCAAGAAUGAGCAACAGCUGGACUUGAACAGAUUCACGGUUACUGUCCUUCAUCUUGUAUCCAGGUCAAAAUGUGUUUUUAAAGUGUGGUACCUGUGCGGAAAGGGGGUGUCGAGAGUCAAUGUUGCCUUAAGAUAUUUUUAAUGUGCACCGUCACUUAAGUGCAUCAAGAUCGAGCGAGACGUUCAAAACCCGGAACACUUCACUCCAUGGAUUGUAUCACUGACAUGAAGAAUGUCGUCGAGGGCUUGUGGCCUUCCUGUCCUCCACAUAUAGUAUGUGCUUUAUAAUGUCUCCUGUCUGUACCCUGAGGCCCCCCAGCCCCACGUGCACAAUGGGCCGUUAGCACCCCCUAGUGUUUCCCUCCGGCAUAGAAGUUAAAACCAAGUCAAACCGUCUCCAUGCCAUCAUGGGAACUACGUGUUGUUGAGACCUCUCACUGCCUCUUAAGAGAAGAGAGGUCAUUCGUUUUUUGUUUGUUUUUAAAAGGCCUUCACCUCAGGUACGGUUUUGUGUUUGAGUUAGCAUUGCAAGGUUAAGUAGCGGGAAGGCUGGUCAGCAGUCGAAAGCGCAUUUAAUCACUUCCCCAUGCAGGCUAUCCCCCGCGUGGAGCGUCAUCGUAGGCCAAAGUUUUUUUCUGUCAGUGCUUCCUGCCUCUUCCUUCAGACCCCAUUUGUGUUGUCGCUAGUCAGACCAUGCCUUAACAAAGAUGCCCCUGGCUGAUGACCCGGAAAAUCAGUGUUGUAUGUCUUUUUAGAAAAGCUCUAGAUCUCACUCCUUGCCAAAUGAUUUCAAAAAUUUAAAUUGCUUUAUUUUUAAAAGUGGGGCCGCAAACGGCUUUGCGUACAACUUGGUAUUUCUCACCUUAAUCAGUGAUUUAUAUAACAUUUCAGGUGUGUGUGUCACAACAUGCCUUGUUAUUUUGUGUCCGCCUCAAAGAGCCCCACUAAAAAAAUAAAAAUAAAAUAAACAAACAUUUAUUUUUAAUAUAACCUACUGUUUGGUAUGACCAUGCCACGACAGGUCCCUCUUACCAAGCUGCCAAUACAUCAGAAGAUAACGCCAUACGUUAAGCAGGGCACGACUAAACGUGUGCUCUGCUCGCCUGUUGUUUUAUUUUACUGCUUUUGUGCAGUCGCUCUUCCACAGAGAGCCUUCAUGCCUGGCCUGUGGUGUGCUGUGCUGACCAUUCUGUCACCUGACAUCUUUCAUCCCCCCCCCCCCCCCGCCCCGCGCUGGAAUGUAGGGUUGAGGUACGAUCCAAAAAUGUCAAACUCAACGAUGAAUUUGUACCUCGAUCCAGCCUACCCGAAGAUUUGUCCUUCAGCCCAGAGGCAUGGUAUAUGCAAAAUCAGUUUCCUCAUCUUUAAGAAUCUUUCCAACUGCCAAACUGUAUAUUCAGCUUGCUAGUGGAGGUUAGCUUCCGUUAUUGCCAGCAUGCACUACUUAAACGACAGCUGCUCAGAUUAAAGGAGUGAUUAACGGGAAAUGUUUAAUUGCCUUCAUUCACUGUUUGGUACAACUAUUGCUUCUGUUGAUGCUACUUAUGGCAAAACAACUUUUUUUUUUCUUUCUAUGCUCUGCUCUGCUGCCUCCCUAGUUAAUGAUCCAUUUCAAGAUGUUUUUGAGAUUAUAAAGAGGAAUUGUACAAAAAUGUGCUAUGUAUCCUUUUGUAAAUUUAAAAGACUGUAAUAUUUGAAACGUUUUGUCUUUUGUUGUUUGUCAUGUAACCAAGUGGACUUGUCAUAAUAAACAAUCACAUGGCUUUUA